GACAGUCAGCGCGCGUUCCAGGAGUCCGUGGAGCGGAGGGGACGCGGCCAAGUGGACGCCAGCCCGCUGGCGGGGCGGCACGGGGCUUCGCGAUGGACGCUCAAGGCUUGGAUUGGCUUCUGGUCCCGCUGCACCAGCUGGUUUCCUGGGGGGCAGCCGGGGCCAUGGUCUUCGGAGGGGUGGUGCCCUACAUCCCGCAGUACCGGGACAUCCGGAGGACUCAGAACGCCGAGGGCUUCUCUACCUACGUGUGCCUGGUGCUCCUGGUGGCCAAUAUUUUACGGAUCCUCUUCUGGUUUGGACGGCAUUUCGAGUCCCCGCUGCUCUGGCAGAGCAUCGUCAUGAUCGUCACCAUGUUGCUGAUGCUGAAGCUGUGCACCGAAGUCCGCGUGGCCAACGAGCUCAACGUCAAACGCCGUUUCUUUUCAGCUGCAGAUAAUAAGGACGAGGAAGUCAAAGUGCCCCCCAGGCGGUCAUAUCUGGACUUUGACCCUCACCACUUCUGGCACUGGAGCAGCUUUGCGGACUACCUGCAGUGUGUCCUGGCCUUCACGGGCAUCGCAGGCUACAUCACAUACCUGUCCAUCGACUCAGCCCUGUUCGUGGAGACCCUGGGCUUCCUGGCCGUGCUGACCGAGGCCAUGCUGGGCGUGCCGCAGCUGUACCGCAACCACCGCUACCAGUCCACGGAGGGCAUGAGCAUCAAGAUGGUGCUCAUGUGGACAAGUGGUGACACCUUCAAGAUGGCAUACUUCCUGCUGAACGGUGCCCCUCUGCAGUUCUCCGUGUGCGGCCUGCUGCAGGUGAUGGUGGACCUGGCCAUCCUGGCGCAGGCCUACGCAUUCUCCCGCCACCCCCCGAAGCCCACCCCCCACGCAGUGCACUCCACCAGUGCCAAGGCCCUCUGAGGCAGCCAGGAGGACAAAGACAUAUGACCGCCGGCUGCAGGCACCGCUGGCCACCUGUCGUCCUGCGUGGGCCCCUGGGACGGUGGACAGGUGGGCCUGAGUGCCGUGUCUGCACUCACUCGCUGGAGAACAGCCUCACCCCUACAGGCGGGGCUGUGGAUGUUUUCAAGGUGAUGGAAAAGCAGGUCUCGCUCUCACUUGCUCUCAGGGCACCUGCGGAACCUGGGAGACGCUCGCAAACCCGGGAGACGGCGGAGCAGGCCUCUGCAGGACAGGUCGUGGGGAGGCUUCUCUGUGUCUCAGCCUGGACGUGUCCCGUCAACCCGGGCCCGGGGUGCAGAAUGA